AUGGCAGUAGUGUGGAGCAAUGAUAAAAUAAUGCAAUUAAUAGAAUUAUUUCAAUCAAAACCAUUAUUAUGGGAUUGUUCUAUAAAACAAUACAAAGAUAGAAACAAAAAGAACGAUGCAUUCGAAGAAAUUUCUCAAGUCCUAAAUAUACCCAAAAAAGACGUAGAAACUAAAAUACAUGUACUGCGUACUCAAUUUACUAGAGAGAAAAAAAAGAUGUCGGCAAAAAAAACUACAGGCAGCGGCGCAAUAGAAAAAUGUAAAUGGAUUUAUUACGAGCCAUUGGAAUUUUUGUUAUGUGGUGCAACUACUUCUGGUGAAACGGAUACUAUGAAUAAAACAGAGUCUCGGAGGACCUUCAUUGGAACACCUCCAAGUGAGUUUUGCUCCGGAAACGCGUCAAAAAAAACGCGUUUUUUUUUUUUUCACCUGGGGAAACCCGAUUACGGGCCCCCGCGCCUGGGCAAGUGUGAUUGGCGCGGGGAGUGUGGGGAUCAAGGUCGUAAAAUGCGAUGGUCCCCAUACCCACUAAAACCACCAGGGCCCAAUACAUAG